CAACGCACCUUAAAUCAACCGAGACUGACUGACUCCUCCACUCGCUGUCGGUCAAUAAGAGUGCAAGAGUAACUUGAGUCUCCCUCCCGCUAUUCAUACGACAUCAGCGCGUUCAUUUCCCAAUGGCUCUGAGACCGGUCGGCGGGGGGUUCUCUACAUCUCCAAUCCCAUCAAGAUACGGCAUGUGAACGGCAAUGAAAUACCUGUCCACAAUAUGAUGACAGCCGCCGUGCCAGGGUGACCCGGGUGACCUAGGUGACAUGGAACGAAGCGUUCUCAAUCAAAUCGAAAGAGCCACUCCCUUCAGUUUCGUUGAACCAACAUGUCAAAUACGGAUGGCCACAGAGGCGCAAUAACUAGCAAGACGGGUCUAGGAUGCCUCGUGGAUCAGUACCGUGCUCGUAUUUGGCUACAGCUUAACGAACCGCUGCCGUACACCAUCGUCUGCCGUCUUCGCCGUCCGUUGGAGCUUCCAAGCUACUCCAUGCCUAAAUCGAGAUACUCCCCGUGGAAGGAGUUGCCGGCAUCGUCCUACCUGAGAAGCUCCUCUGUGUAUCUGGAAACUACAGCCGAUGGGGGUCAACAGGACACUGCUGGUCGGUUGCGGAGAGGCGAGGGGCUCUACGCCACUGUCGGAAUCAAUGACCAAAUGGGUCACUCAUGGGUAUGGGUAAACGGGGAGGUAUGCAAGUUUGUGCCGACCGUGGUUGGCGAUAGCCUCACCUCCCUGCUCCGGACCCCUCUCGCAACUGAAACAUCCAGCAACCAAAGUCGCAAAUCUCGAGUUACAGAUAUGCAAAGGGUCGAAUCUGAUGGUCUUGGGCACCUGGAAUCACAUCUUCAGAAGCCGAGAGACAAAACCACGUAUAGACUUCAAGCCCCUGGACUCGCUGAACACAGGAUCCGAGGCUGGCCGGCUUGGGCUCGGCUCCAGCAGCCACUUCCCGAGACCAGAUAUGUCCGUUGCUCCGUUGAAUGCGGCUCUGCCCGCUUCGCACCUCCCUUUCACUGCCAGUUGUGGACCACUUUCGGAAUUGGCGGUCAGACAUCAUCCUGCCCAAGAAGCAGUGUACCGUAUCCUCUUGACUUCACGGCAUCACGAAACGCCGGUAGUUUGCCCUUCUUGGCCUCCAUGGUAACUAUCACCAAGACAGCCUGCCAGAUGCCGCCGGGAUGGAUGAUGUCUCAGUGUCAAUAUGCCGAGGAAUAG